AAAGGAAGUCCAUUGCCUGUUGCCAUCUGGUACACAAUAGACAACCAUCUCCACCAUGAAGCUGACAACUGUGUUUCUCCUGGGCACUCUGUUGGUUUGCUGUUAUUCAGGUGAGUUGCUUAGCCCAUUAUAACAAGACAUUUUAGUCUCAAUGGGCCUUUUGGGGUAAGUAUGGAUGCUUCCAUAGGAAAGAGUUUCAUACUGGACAAUUUCAUACUAAACAGUUUUCCUUAAAUACCUAAAAUUUGUAAGUCAUUGUUAUCCUGCUGCUCAAAUUAGUUUUCAGUAGCAGUAUAAAGUUGCCUAGCUGUCAGGCUUCAGGGAAUCCGAUCCCCCACCUUCCUGGCUGACAAUCAGAAAUGGGAAAACAAUAAGUUCUUACCAUGGUAUUUUAUUCAAUAUUCACAUAGAAAGACGGAGGAUGCCACCUCUCAGAUAAUGGCGUCGCUCCGAGUAAAGUCCCACCCCUUCCGUCUCUACUAUUAUACACCAUCCCUGCGCUGCCUGAUCUGUGCUUUCUGCCUCUGUGCUUUCUGUUCUCCUACUCUCAAUGCACGCCGGGUCCUGGGAGAGGAGGGGUCAGGAAUGUUGUCUAAAGACACUGAGUCUGUCAGCUGUCUCUCCCCUGGUGCUUCUUCUUCCUGCUGCUCUCCCAAUAUUUCCCAGCUUCUCCCCUCUCCAGCCUCUGAACUAUGACCUUCUGCAAACCACUAUUCUAAAUCUAUACUGUCCUCCUCUUCUCGGGAAGGUUCAGGAGGAGGGUGGGGCGGUCCCCACCAUUCCUCCUCAGUCCAGUCCCUGACACUACCCCCAAAUGCAUUUCAUGGGCCAGUCUCUCUCUCUGAGUGAUGUCCGUAUGGUUGGAUGGAGCCACCCUCCAAAGUCAGCUUUGCUUCAGCUUACCCUGAUAGCUCUGUGGCAGGAUGGGUGCACCAGCAGAGCCAAUCCAGAGCUUCCAUUGGCAUACCCAUGCAGCUCUGACCUUGCCGCUCCCUACUCUACCUCAUCCUAGCCUCGCCCAGCUAGGAUGCAGUGACACCAGUGUUAGGAGGAUGGCUCUGCCCACUCACAAUUCACAAUUGCUUAUUAGCAUCCAGUGUUGUGGGUAAAUGGAUCUGGGCUUAUGUGCUCAUUUUUGCUUGUACAGUUUUCUUUGGACAUAUGUGGGGGGAAAGUAUUUCACCCCACAGGUAUUCUGGGUAAGACUGUUAUGUUUAUAUGCAAAGGCUAGCCUGCACCAGCUGCUCAGUACUGGAGUUAUUUAGAAGACAACUUGGUCAAAACAGAGAGAGUGUAUUGCAGAGCUGUAAAUAGCGCCAGUCUUUUGUUAUCAUUACAGUGAAUCUACCUGAGAGAGAGAAAGCUAGAAGUCACCUACCCCAAGGGUGACCCCAAAAUAUAGGGUUGGGAAAGAAUAAGUAUGUGCACACAUGUAGUCUUUAAAACCACACGGGUUGGGUUUUUUUGUACAUAGCAGUUUGCAAUUGUACAUACCUUAAUGCAAUAACAUCAUACAAGCUGCAGCUACUACCCCUGUUGUCUGUACACACAGGUGGGCUUGUUUUCAAACUUGUGCAAUGACAUUCUCUAUUUCACUCAGUGUUGGAACAGAUCAUAUACCGUAUAUACUUGAGUAUAAACCAACCCGAAUAUAAGCCGAGGCACCUAAUUUUACCACAAAAAAACUGGGAAAACUUAUUGACUCGAGUAUAAGCCGUUUCACCACACCAGAGGCUGGUGUUAGCAGUGGCAGAGGAAGAACAAGCAGCCUGAAAGGGCUGUUUUCGGGCUGCUCGUUCCUCCUCCUCUGCCGCCAACAGCGGCAAAGGCAGAGGAGGAGGAAGGAGCAGUUCGAAAGGACCUUCACUCGAGUAUAAGCUGUGGGAGGCUUUUUCAGCAUAAAAAAAUGUGCUGAAAAAGUCAGCUUAUACUCAAGUAUAUACGGUAUACACAUAAUAGCCUUUCAAAAGAGGGGAUGGAAACCAGUGUGUUGAUAUGCUGUGGAUAUAUUCUAGUAUAUAGAGGAGGCUAUAUGACUGCACUGUUUCUUAUUUUGUCUAUUUCAUUCAAAGACAAAUUAAACAUGAUGAGGGCCAGUGGCACAGCCCUGCAAUGUCCAUAGGGCUUCCCCAAUAGGAGGAGGAGACCUGAGAAAGUGCUCUCUGUGUACGCAUGUAGGCAGCAAACGCUUGAGAAGUGCAUUAUCGGUGCAGAACGGAUUAUAACUGUUCCAGCAGAAUGUGUUUUAGAUCAACGAAUAAUUUGGGACAGGGAUGACAUGGCACCUGUAUCCAGUACUGAAUGUACAUAAUCGUGCCAUGUGUGCAUACCCAAAAAAGAAUAGGCAAAUUCUGUGUGAGAGUCUCAAGAGGAUUUUGGUGGUAUGGUGAGGAGGUUAAGAAGACUGGUGCCUGGAUCUAUUUCUGGAUCUAUUUCUGGAAUAGAAGAUCAAAUGUGUCCUGGACACCCGGCCUCCCACCCCAAGUUCCAAUUUAUGGACAUGACUGAAAUAAUAAAAUCCUUGUCAUUCAGGGUCAUGGAAUCUGGCAUGCUGUUUCAUUUACUACCCUAGGGAGCCAGUUAGCAGGUGAGAAAGUGGAAAGCUGACAGAUUCACAAAAAUAACAGAUUAAUUAAAAAUAUUUUUAUCUGUUAUAUAUUUGGUUUUUAUCAUGCACUCAUGCACUCAUAGUUUCUGCUUAACUUGAAUACCCUAGUCAAAGCUACACUACCUGCGUUUUGCCAUGUGAUGUUUAACUGGUUCAGAGCCUGCUCACUUCUAUCACAGUUCAGAUUUCCUCACUCAAAAUCUAAUUUUCAAGCAUUUUCCAUUCCUUUCCAGCUACUGCUAUGAAAACUUGCCCCGUUCUUGUUGAUACCCUCACAAACUUCCUUUUUGCCUCACAUGAUGACUACAUGAAAGCAAUUGAUCGCUUUGCCACCACCGAAGAAAUGAAGAAAGCUGCUUCUGUGCUUAAACAAUGUGCAGUCGGGCUUCCGGAAUCCGUUCUAAUAGCAAAAAGCCAAGUGCUGGUAAUUAUUUUCACACACAUAUACCCAACACUUAAAUCACAGUUUGGGGCAAAUUCAUAAAUGCACAUUCAUUAUUUGAGGACUUGAAGGUCUAAAACUGCUAUGACAGAUUGCCUCAAGUCACCACAGACACAAUAUGUUUCAGUGGAAGUAGGCUCUGAGGCCUUGUUCAGAUAUGGCUGUUUAUCACAUCAUGACUCCAGCAUAAGCUGGCUGGGUGUCUAUGUGAGUUAACUGUAUUGUUCAAUAAUAAAUACUAAAGUCAGAUAAUAAAAAAGAACCACACAGAGAAAGUUUAAUUAGAUAGCAAAAAGGUUGUAAUAAAAGCAGAGAAACACCAAUAAUUAAAGCAACCCAUUAAAAGUUCAGAAGAUUCAAACUGUCUUCAUCUGUUGCCUAAAAAUUAGAAAAUUGGCACCAAAAGUGUAUCUCUGCUAGCAAAGAAUAUUUUACAACCAAUGAGCAUAGCUGUGAACGUUUCCCCUUUUAAAACGGAAAUUCCCUUAUUCCGAAUAGGAUUCCUCACAAGUAAAGGGAAAAGCUGACAGCUAUGCUAAAGAGGGUUUCCAGCCCCUGGGGAUUGGUGGUGAAGGGCAAAAGCUCCCACAUUAAAGAAGCACAUUCAAUCUCUGAGAUUAGAACAGGAGUUGUCAACCUUUCUGGGCUAGAGGACUCAUUCAGAAUGUUGAGAAAGCACAGGGUUCUAGUUAUAAAAUGGCUGCCACAUGUAGAAGAGCAGAAUAAGAGACAGGACACAAAAUGGUGCAGACCUCCUCCCCAUCAGCCAUCUCCAUCAGUUGAGGAGGAAAAAUCACCUAUAUUCGCCCCUACUGCACUCACUCACAGAGAGAAGCUGUUUGCACCUCUCCCCUGUUCAGCACAGAUGGGAGGGUGUGUGUCUAAUCCUGGCAUUCACUGAAAUGUAGCAUGUUUAAAGGGGCACUCAUCGUCUAUCUUGGAGAGGUUGAGUAAAUGCAAACAGGAACUGUGCAGGAAAAGCAAACAGUCUCUCAUGCAUUGUAGAUUUUUGAGGGGCUAUUUACUGAGCCCUUUUGCAGGCACCACAGGAGGUACUGGUGCCCUCAAGCACCACGUUGGCUAACCCUGGAUUAGGACAGCCUAGACACAACCUACCAUAUCAGAGACAGAUAUGAUUAUAUGAUUAGGUUUUAUCCUAUUCUCCAUGUGAAUUACAGCAUACCUUUCUAUUGGCAAUCUUUGUUCCAGUUAAAUAUCCUGCAUGAAUGUGAAAAGCCGCAACUGCUGCAAAACUGAAGCUUUGAGGAAUUCUCCCGGUCCACCAGCCCCAGCCAGGACAGGAACCCAUGAUGAUCAUGCUAGCUAUUGAUUGCGUUUUCCUUUCGCCGAUCUUCAUCCUGCUGAAACGUAUAUUUGCUUCAAGAGCCGUUAUUUUCUCAAAUGAUCCCGCUCUUCAAGAUCGGGCAUCUUCACAGGCUUCUUUCUAGUCACAUCUUUCCUUAAUAAACAAAAAGCAUACCAGUGGCGUAGUUUGGAGGGUGUUUUUUUUAAAAAAAGAAACAACUGAUAACAGCUCAUCUCUUCCAGGGUUUCCACCCCAGUCUGUAUCCAUAGUGCACGUUAACAAUUCAUUAAGUUUAAUAACUUUGAUUUUCUAAUUUAUGGUUUAGGUUCGUACGUUGUGCUUUGUGUUGCCUCCCCCCCAUAGACAAAGCCUUUCUUGCCUGAAAAUCAUUUUGUGAAUUUUUCCCCAACUUGUCUUUAGCCAACCCCACUCCCCAUCCACCUUCCUUUCAUUCAGCAACCUGCCAUGUCUACCCAUCCUUCCCUCUCACACUUUCCAAGUGCAGCCAAGUGCAGCCAAAACCAAGAUGACACAUGGCCCAGAUCAUGCAUUAGUCACACUUGAACUUUACAGGCACAUUAAAUCUUUAUGACUACAC